AUGCACAUUGCAAUCGGCACCGUCCUGAUCCUUCUCUUCGCGGAGAGGGUCGCCGCAGUCGCCGUUGGGCCACGCGCCGCCGCGACGACGUCCUUCCCAGGGCCUUGGAUCACCGUCGACGCCGCCGGCCAUGUCGCGACCGUGACGCCCUCGCUGAGCGGCCCGUCAACCGUCUCACCGCCGCCCAGCGUGCUCACACAGCCGACGCCGUUCGUCCUGUCUCUCAACGGCCACGCCACGACGACGACGGCGGCGCCGCCGGUCGCCAGCGCCACGGGGCCGGGCACCGCGGGCGCCUUCAUGGCCUGCCACGUCGGCGAGAGUCUAGUGGCCGACGCCCACGCGCCCUUUUGCCAGCCGCGCGCCGGCAGCCAGAUCGCCACCAACCACACGUACUACGUCGUCUGGGACCCGUCCGGGUUCGCGGCCAACCAGACGGUCGAGGUGCAGGGCGCGUACGCCAGCGUCGACACCGACGCGCGCGGCGAGGGCUUCUCGUCGGCGCAGCUGGCGGCCUCCAGCGGAUUCUAUGCCUGGACGGUGCCGAGCGCACUGGUCGCCCUGUACGGCGGCGCGUCGGGCCACGUCAACGUGACGCUCGCGCUGGCCUACAACAGCUCGACGUCCAACACCCUCCUUCGCCUCGCCGGGCCCAGCGUCCUGGUGACAAACCACGUUGUGCUGCCGCACCAGCAGCGGCACCACGUGGGCGCCGUCGCCAUUGCCGUGCCCGUGGUCAUUGGCGCCGCCGUCCUGGCCCUGCUGGGCUUUUGCGUGUGGUCGUACCGGCACCACGGCCACCUGCCGUGCAUCGGCGGCUUUGUGUCGCGGCGCACGUCGUCCUUUUCAGCCAAGGGCUACGGCGCGCGGCAGAGCUACGGCCAGCGGACGGGCGCCGCUGGUCAUUUUGGACCGCCGCAGGGGCCAUACGGUCCCGGUCUGCAGGGUCCAAUACAUGUGCCGCCACCGCCGCCGGACAGCAACUAUGGUGCUGGGCCCAUCAGCGCGACGCCCACGGGACGAAGCAAUGUGUUCCGGGACGAGCUGAAGCGGCAGGAGGAUGCGCGGUACUGA